AUGCUCAAGUUUCGAUCUGUUUUGCUCAAAUCAAAAUCAAAAACAAAACAAUGCAAUGCUCUCGCUGUUAUUCGCAAACUCACUUCAUCUCAACCUCUCAAUACAUUCUAUUCCAGAAACGCUUUCUCGUUUUCGAAACCACAUGCACUCGCACGUGGAAACGCUAGGGUUCCGAUCUCGCGAAACUUCUGCACCGCACCGGACAGAGACACGCUCGAAUACGACGUCGUUAUCGUCGGAGCAGGUCCCGCCGGUUUAUCGGCGGCGAUACGUUUGAAGCAACUCUGUCAAGAAAAAGACACCGAUUUAUCGGUAUGCGUUCUCGAGAAAGGCGCUGAAGUCGGUGCUCAUAUUAUUUCUGGAAACGUUUUUGAACCUCGCGCGUUGAAUGAACUUCUUCCUCAGUGGAAGCAGCAAGAUGCUCCUAUUACUACACCUGUUACUUCUGAUAAGUUUUGGUAUCUAACAAAGAAUCGUGCAAUUUCACUUCCGAGUCCUUUUGACAACGAAGGGAACUAUGUAAUAAGUCUAAGUCAGUUAGUACGAUGGAUGGGAGCAAAAGCUGAAGAGUUAGGCGUGGAGAUAUACCCAGGAUUUGCUGCUAGUGAGAUAUUGUAUGAUGCUAAUGAUAAAGUUAUCGGUAUUGGAACUAAUGAUAUGGGAAUUGCAAAAGAUGGUUCGAAGAAGGAGACUUUCCAACGCGGGGUUGACAUUAAAGGUCGCAUAACACUUCUGGCUGAGGGAUGUCGGGGAUCAUUAUCCGAGAAAAUAAUCAAACAGUACAACCUGAGGGAGAAGGGAGGUGCGGAACAUCAGACAUAUGCUUUGGGAAUUAAAGAGGUUUGGGAAAUUGACGAGGAAAAGCAUCAACCUGGGGCAGUAAUUCAUACGUUGGGAUGGCCUUUGGAUAAUAAAACAUAUGGAGGAUCUUUUCUGUAUCACAUGAAAGAUAGACAAAUUUCUUUGGGCCUUGUGGUUGCUUUGAACUAUCAAAACCCUUUCAUGAGUCCUUAUGAGGAAUUCCAGAAACUUAAGCAUCAUCCUGCAAUCAAACCAUUUCUGGAAGGCGGAACAGUUAUCCAGUAUGGAGCCCGCACUUUAAAUGAAGGAGGUUUUCAGUCUAUCCCAUAUCCAGCUUUUCCUGGUGGAGCAAUUAUUGGAUGUUCAUCUGGCUUCUUGAAUGUGCCUAAGAUAAAGGGAACUCACACUGCAAUGAAAUCAGGAAUGCUUGCAGCUGAAUCUGCAUUUGGCGUGUUUGAUGAAGGUCUAGAUAUGAAUACAUAUUGGGAUGCUUUGAGGAAUUCAUGGAUUUGGGAAGAGUUAUACAAAGCUCGGAACUACAGACCUGCCUUCAAGUAUGGGCUUGUUCCAGGACUGGCCUUAAGUGGUCUAGAACAUUACAUACUCAAGGGGAGGCUCCCAGUUACUUUGAAGCAUGGUAAACCUGAUCAUGAAGCUACAGAUGCUGCGAAGUUGCAUUCUCCGAUUCACUAUCCAAAGGCUGAUGGUGUCUUGUCUUUCGAUGUACCUACCUCUCUGCACAGGAGCAACACAAAUCAUGACCAUGAUCAACCUCCCCAUCUUCGAUUGAAGGACCCAAAGGUUCCUGAACUUAUAAAUUUACCGGUGUAUGCUGCUCCUGAGUCACGAUAUUGUCCUGCACGAGUAUACGAGUAUGUUGCAGAUGAGAAAAAUCAACUGAAGUUGCAUAUUAAUGCUCAAAAUUGUUUGCAUUGCAAGGCUUGUGAUAUCAAAGAUCCGAAGCAAAACAUCAAGUGGACAGUGCCUGAAGGGGGUGGCGGCCCGGGAUAUUCAGUGAUGUAG